AUGCCACUCUCUCGUAUAGGUGCUGCUUUUCGUUCAUCCAAGCAUAACGAAUGUUUCGUCUUUGUUGAUGAUAAAUAUGUAGUUUUGAACUAUGCACCAGGUGGCAGAAAGGACCGCAUUUUGAAGGGUCCACAACACAUUGUAGCUGGUUUUCCAGUUCUUGCUAGAACUCCAUUUGAAAAUGGGAUCAACUGUGCCUUUGAAACUCAACACAAUGAAGCAUACAUCUUUUCUGGAAACCAUUGCGCAAGAAUAGACUACGCUCCACAUUCCACACAUCAUGCUAAAAUACAUAGAGGUCCAACAAAAAUCACAAACGUCUUUACAUGUCUACGAGGAACAGCGUUUGAACAUGGAAUAGAUGCUGCUAUUAGGACACUCAACACACGUGUUUUGUUGUUUAAAGGAGAUGCUUAUGCUCUUAUGGAUUAUCACACUGAUAGUAUUCAUGCUAAUCAUUACAUUCGCACUGGCUUUAAGACUUUGGUUGGAACUGUUUUUGAAAAUGGAAUUGAUGCGGCUUUUAAAUCUGAUAAGAAUGAUGAAGCUUAUAUUUUCAAACAACAAUAUUAUGCAUGCGUUAAUAUUGAUCAAGGACAUCCUAUUGGUGGACACUUACUUGGUGGUAGAGUCAAGAGAAUCCAUGAUGAUUGGAACGCUCUUAGAGGCAUUAUGCAAUUCCAUUAA